AUGACACUGUGUUUAUCGGAGCUUCAGAUUUCUAUGCUUCUAUCUGUGGACAUCAUGCUGGUGUUGGUAUUGGCAGCUCUAGCGGCUGCAGCUUCGGCAGCAAGAUACAACUAUGGCGAAGCUCUUGGCAAGUCCAUCCUGUUCUAUGACGCUCAGAGAUCCGGCAAACUUCCGGCCAACAACCCCAUCAAGUGGCGAGCCGGUGACCACGUCAAGUUCAUUAGCUUGCCCAUGUCCAGCUCCUCCACCCUCCUGCUGUGGGGCUACUUACAGUGGAAAGAUGCCUAUGCCACAACGAAACAAACAGACAAAUUCUUUGACAUGAUCAAGUGGCCCUUGGACUACUACUUGAAGUGCUGGAUUCCAUCCAGUCAGACGCUGUAUGCACAGGUUGGAGAAGGCAAUGACGACCACCACUUCUGGGGCCGUGCUGAGGACAUGAAGAUGGCCAGACCCGCCUACAAACUCACACCAAGCAAACCUGGAUCAGAUGUUGCUGGAGAGAUUGCUGCCUCCCUAGCUGCUGGGUAUCUGGCAUUCAAACAGAGAGAUCAUGCCUACGCAAAUAAACUUCUGGCUGCAUCCAAGCAAAUCUAUGCGUUCGGAAAGAAGUACCCUGGAAAGUACAGUCAGAGUAUCUCGGAUGCCGGCCAGUUCUACUCAUCAAGUGAUGACAAGGACGAGAUGUGUGAGGGCGCCAUGUGGCUAUACAAGGCAACAAAUGACAAGUCCUACCUGGCCGAUGCCAAGGGAUUCCACGAGAAUGCCUGGGCGUGGGCUCUGGGAUGGGACGACAAGAAAGUCGCUUGCCAGCUGCUGUUGUACGAGGCUACCAAGGACUCUGCUUACAAAGCGGAAGUGGUGGGUUUCUUCAAGGGCUGGCUCCCUGGUGGCUCCAUCACCUACACUCCAUGUGGACAGGCGUGGAGAGACCAGUGGGGCUCCAACAGAUAUGCAGCUAACUCUGCCUUUGUUGCGCUGUUGGCUGCUGAUGCUGGUAUUGACACUGCAACCUACAGGAAGUGGGCAGUUGAGCAGAUCAACUACAUCCUCGGGGACAACAAGUACGGCAUCAGCUACCAGAUCGGCUUCGGCUCCAAAUACCCCAGGAAUCCUCAUCACAGAUCUGCUUCCUGCCCCGACCGUCCAGCUCCCUGCACAGAGGCCAACCUACACGCUUCCGGUCCCAGCCCCCAGCUCCUUGUGGGCGCCAUAGUGGGAGGCCCUGGUAAAGAUGACUCCUACAAGGACAACAGGGAGGACUACGUCCACAACGAGGUGGCCUGCGACUACAACUCAGGGUUCCAGUCUGCUCUAGCUGGUCUCACUCAUCUUGUCAACACCAAGGAGCUGCCAGCCAUUCCCGCACCAAAGUGUCAUGGUUAAAAAUAUUUUUCUGUGAAUAAAAAAAUAUU